AUGUCAGACUCUGCACCUGCCUGCGUCCUCGUCACCUCGUGUCAGCUCACCUCCAGAGAUCUCCCAACGCAUCCUGUCACCCAGCCGGUAUGGUCGCACUCCCCAGUCCACACGCCACCACCCAGCGUUGACAUCACUCUCCUCAGCCCACCCCUAGCGUGCCUUGACCCACCUGUGUACACUCCCGCACCUCCAUACACUUACUCCUCACAUACAGACCGUCACAUGGCCCACCGCCCUCGGAGACCCUCCCCCCGGUACCUCAUCCUCUCCCCACUCAGCCGCUACACCACUCCCGCACUACCCCUUCGAUUCCGUCACCAGACAGCCUCAUCCCCCACCUCCCAUACACCGCACCCCCCGUCACUACACCCAUCAUCCUCUCGUUCGCCUGCACAUGAAUAUACUCCCCACAAUACGCCCCUGCUGUUCUCCCUCACAUCGCCAACAACUCAGCCGCUGAUACACUCCUACCCACCCUCCCCGACACCUCGCCACCCCUCUCUCCAGGAUUCCAUCUCACACCGCUACGCUAAUCCCGCGAGACCUUUCGCCCAUCUGCACACCACUACACCCCUUACCUACCCCCCUCCACUGCACCCGGAGCCGUCACCCCGCGGGGCCGUAUCCUCACACUACGUCAAAUCGCACACUCACAUGGCACGCAUUUAUCCCCUGCUGCACCACACCAGACCCUCUCCUCCUUCCCUCACUGUACCGCAUCCUCCUAUAUAG